AUGCUGAGCGACCUGUUCCAGAAGCAGGCGCUCGAGAUCGGCGUCAUCGUGGACAAGGUGGGCAGGCACAUGCGCUCGCUGGGCUACAAGGUGCCCAUCCUCACCGAGAUCGUCCGCUACAACCGCCUCCAAAAUCCUCCCGUACGCCCCCAACCCUUCAUCAUCGCUACCACCAUUACCACCAUCAUAUGA